AUGUCAAGUCAAGACAAUGGCUCACCUGAAUUCCCUACGUGGCCGGAGUACAGAUUUCCGGACUUGUUAGCUGCAGAAAGCGUUCGACAAGUCCAUGCAACGAUUGAAAGCGAAUGGGAUCCUCUUCAACGAUCUGCAUGCCAAACCGCAGCAGGAAGAGCCUUGUGGAAGCAUGUGGUCAAUGAUCCGCUGGCAGACAUACUUGCAGGAGAGACGUACCUAAAAUCUCUCCAUGAGAAGAUACAGAAAGACUGCGUCAACAAGGCACGAGAAAUCUCUGGAGUGAUUCUUGCAGUUCGAACACUCUGGUUUGAUUCCAAACUUGAAGCAGCACUCCAUUCCUUCGACAACAGAGAAGCACAAGUAGUUCUCCUCGGAGCAGGAAUGGAUGCGAGGGCUUACCGAUUGAGUUGCUUGAAGGAAAGUAAUGUGUUUGAAGUAGAUUUUCCUGACGUCUUGCAAAUCAAAGCUACUCUUCUGCAGGCAGCGAUGGAUUCCAGAAAUGAUCACCAGCAUCUAAUGAUGACAGCGAAAUCCAUAACCAGAGUGGAGGCUGACAUCAGAAGCGAUGACUGGCUCGAAAAACUUCAAGUAUCAGGAUUUAUGCCAGAGAAGAACACAGUGUGGGUUCUAGAAGGUAUCCUCUACUAUUUAACCCACCCUGAGGCCACGGAAGUUUUGAAAAUCAUAGCAGACAAGUGCUCUCUUACUCAAACAGUGCUCUUGGCAGAUUUCAUGAACAAACCAUCAACCAGUCUUUCCAACUCCAUCUUUCAUUUCUACAGUGAUUGGCCCGAUCAUCUCCUGCCAUCUCUUGGUUUUUCUCAUGUUAAACUUUCACAAAUUGGUGAUCCAGAUGCUCAUUUUGGGCUCCUGCAUGAUCCCUCAAACCUGUUCAACAAACUCCGCAGCUUGCCUAGAUCAGUACAAACACACCCAGAUGAUGGAACACCAUGUUGUCGCUUGUAUCUGGUUGAGGCUUCUGGUUCACCAAAGCAAACUAUUCCAUAG